AUGUUUACUGCACAAGGGGGUCAAGGGUGUUUGAGGAGCAGAGAUGUGGAUUUUAGAAGGGGGUCACUUGACUAAGGCUGCACGUGCAUGCCUUUAACACCAAGCUUUAAGCAGGAGUAUCUUAAAGCAGUAUUUAAAACUGAAAAUAUGCUUUCAAAUGCUUAAAGAUAUAUGAUUUAUAUGUAUAUUUCUCAGCAGACACUUUCAUAAAUGAUCCUGCAUAAUAUGACGUUGUGGUUGUGACGUUCCUUGUGCCUUAAUUUAACAUUUUUGAAAAUAAGGAUUGAGAUCUUUUUUAUUUUUUUCCAUCAAAUUUUGUAGAGUUAUGAUACAUCUAACUCCACUAUAGGAAAUGUUCAGAAGAAACAUAACUAAUUCAUAAAAAUACAGAAGAGGAUUAGGACCACGGAGAAAGAAAAAAAAAAGGAAAAUUGUCAAAUUUAAGUCAAAAUUUUAAGAAAAAACUCGGAAUUUCUCAAUGAGCUUUUUUUUCUCCAUAGAGCUAAUCCUCUUUUGCAUAAAAACACCAACAUACACCACAAAUAAUAUAAAAAAUAUUCAAAUAAUUCAUGAACCAGCGGCUGUGAACCUUCAGUUUUGCAGACUGCUUGCAUCUCAGGCUGAAAUAGUGACCUAUCUUUUUCUUUUUUUAAUCCACAACUAAGUUGUUGCUUAUCAUCUUAGUCAAAUCUUAAUGAUUUAUUCCAGUGAAGCAAGUUUAAGUAUUAACUUGGUGAAAAAAAGAUAAUUUUUUCACCCUAGUGACGUGCGCAAGGCUGCUCGAUUUCUAUUUGCUGCUGAGGGGCAGAUUAUUGCCCCCUCCGUGUCUGCGUGGAAUUAAAAAGCCACGCCAGGUGCUGCUCGGGGUAGACAACCCCUUUUAGGACGGAAGCCACAAUUAAUCAGUAGAAGUAAAUUAGAUAAAAUAGAAAAAAAAAGAAAAAAAAGUCAAGCUGGAGAACUUGAGCAUGUACUCAAACAAACUUGAACUGCCGCGCAGAGGAAGAUCUUUUGACUCCAUGAACAUCGGCUUUGAGGAGAAACAGCUGAAUAAUGAGAUAAACAAGUCAACCUUUAAUAAAAUUGAGGAAAGCACAGAGAAGCAAAACACAUCAGAGAAAGGGCGAGCGACUAUUAUCUUCUCCCUUAAGAAUGAGGUGGGGGGGCUUGUGAAGGCACUGAAACUCUUCCAAGAAAACCAUGUCAACCUCGUGCACAUUGAGUCCAGGAAAUCCAAGAGACGCAACUCUGAGUUUGAGAUUUUCGUGGACUGCGACAGCAACCACGAGCAACUGAGUGAGAUCAUCCAUCUGCUUCGGAAGCAUGUGAACAUAGUCGACAUGGACCCUCCAGAUAACUCCUGCCUGCGCGAGGAAGAUUUGUAUGAUGUACCUUGGUUUCCGAAGAAAAUUUCCGACUUGGACAAAUGUGCAAACCGUGUCCUGAUGUACGGCUCUGAUCUGGAUGCCGACCACCCGGGUUUUAAAGAUAACGUCUACAGGAAAAGGCGAAAGUACUUUGCUGAUCUCGCUAUGGCCUACAAACAUGGGGACCCGAUUCCUCGGAUUGAGUUCACUGAAGAAGAGGUGAAGACUUGGGGUGUUGUGUACAGGGAGCUCAACAAACUCUACCCCACUCACGCCUGCAGGGAGUACUUGAAGAACCUGCCGCUGCUCUCCAAAUACUGCGAAUGUCGAGAGGACAACAUCCCACAGCUGGAAGACGUCUCACGCUUCCUCAGAGAGCGAACCGGAUUCACCAUUAGACCUGUGGCCGGGUACCUGUCCCCGCGAGACUUCCUCGCCGGUUUGGCCUUCCGGGUUUUCCACUGCACUCAGUAUGUCCGGCACAGCUCCGACCCCUUAUACACCCCUGAGCCGGACACGUGUCACGAGCUGUUGGGUCACGUGCCGCUGCUGGCAGAGCCCAGCUUCGCUCAGUUUUCUCAGGAGAUCGGUCUUGCUUCGCUCGGAGCUUCUGAUGACUCGGUUCAGAAACUGGCCACAUGCUAUUUCUUCACAGUGGAGUUUGGCUUAUGCAAACAAGAAGGACACCUGCGAGCGUAUGGAGCUGGACUGCUGUCAUCGAUUAGUGAGCUCAAGCAUGCUCUCUCUGGUAAUGCAAGGAUAAUGCCUUUUGAUCCAAAAGUGACAUCCAAACAAGAAUGCAUCAUCACAACGUUUCAGGACGUCUACUUUGUGUCUGACAGCUUCGAGGAGGCUAAAGUCAAGAUGAGAGAGUUCGCCAAAACCAUCAAGCGCCCCUUCACAGUUCGAUACAACCCCUACACCCAGAGCGUGGACGUGCUCAAAGACACUCUGAGCAUCAACAGCGUGGUGGAGGAGCUCCGACACGAGCUCGACAUCGUGGGUGAUGCUCUGAGUCGACUCAACAAGCAUCUGGGCGUCUGACCGCCCACACUUCAGCUGCAGUUAGCCUCCCACAGCCCAUCCGUGCACGCCGCGUCCCCCCCAGCACCGCUGUAGAGAUGCUUGUGUAUCGUUUCCUGUCAGUUCAAAGAAUCAAAAUCUUCUGCUGUCUUCAGUGUAAGAUAUACAUGAAUUCAGUGUGUGUAGACUUCAGUAUCAGUACACCUCUCAAACCCAAAGAGCUGCUUGAUCCGAGACACGAUUUUGCUUCCACUGUACUUGGAUUGUGCUUUGAUUUCUGACUGCAGCCGUCGUGCUUUCAUGGUUCUUCAGUGCACUCUUAAAAACCCCAGCUGUUACAAACUCUUCCCAAAGCUGUCACUGCUGCUGUUGUGCAUGACAUUGUGAUACUUUUUUGUUACUGAUUAAAAAUGUCUUCUCUUGUACGUUUCUUCAUAUAUCUAUAUAUAUCAUGUACCUUGCUAUUUUUUGUCUUGGUGUUGGUACUUUUGUUCUCUUCUUUGUGCUGUCUAAGGAAAUCGUGAAAGUGAAACCUUUAACCGCUGUUAGAAAAAUUCUUUCAUGACUGAUUGUGACAGAGCCGGCCCAUUAAGCAAUUAACUUAGUUCAUAAUGGCUCCUUAUGAAACUAUGAAUAUGAUUGCACUCUGUAUUCCAAAUAAUUAUUUUUCUACUGUAAAGAAAUGUAGAAAAUAGUUCUAUAUUAUGUAUGAAAACAUCUAUGAAUAAUAAAAUGGCCCACUUGAACUUCACAAGUC